UGGCUCACAGCAGCAGUCACAUGACUUUCCGGCUGGUCUCGUUUACCCGGACCUGUUUUUGGGGGAAGUUACUGCACAGCACCCACGUCUGUUUGGUGUCGCUUCCAACACAAGUAGGUGACGUUAAAUCGCAGCCAUGUUCGCGGCCGGUUUGUUCGUGUGCUCGCUGGCCGCGUUUCAGGUCGUCUCCCGGGCUCAGUACGCCCCCGACGAGGUGACCCACCUGCCCGGUAUGUCGUUCAAACCCAACUAUCGACAGUGGUCGGGUCACCUGCAGGCGCGUCCCGGGAAGUUCCUCCACUAUUGGUUUGUGACGUCGCAGAGGGACCCGGUUAAAGACCCCCUGGUGCUCUGGCUGAAUGGAGGCCCGGGCUGCAGCUCGCUGGAUGGAUUCCUGUCGGAGAAUGGACCGUUUCACGUGAAUGACAACGGGGCCACAGUGUACGAGAACACGUUCAGCUGGAACAAGAUUGCCAAUGUGCUGUAUGUAGAAUCUCCUGCAGGAGUGGGAUAUUCUUACUCCGAUGACAGAAAGUAUGCCACCGAUGAUGACCAGGUUGCUGACGAUAAUUACAAAGCCCUGCAGAGUUUCUUUGCCAAAUUUCCAAAUUUCACUCAAAAUGAGUUCUUCAUCUUUGGGGAAAGUUAUGGUGGAAUUUAUGCACCGACCCUCAGCCUGCGUGUGGCUACUGGAGCUGCCAAAAUCAACUUUAAGGGCUUUUCAGUGGGAAAUGGUCUGAGCAGCUUUGAGCUCAAUGACCAAAGUUUGAUCUACUUUGGUUACUACCACGGCCUGUUUGGAGAAGAUUUGUGGCGAGAUCUGAACAUAAAUUGCUGUGACAAAGAAAGCUGUGAUUUCUACAACACCAGCUCGGCGCAGUGCAAUACGCUGGUGAAUGUAGCCUUUGGUAUUGUGUAUAGUAGUGGGCUGAAUGAGUAUGCCCUCUACUUGGACUGCGAGGGUGGCAGACGAUUCCACAGAGGCUACCAGAGGACCAUGAGCCACCUGUUUACGAACAGCAGGAAACAUCAGGACUCUCACAAGUUUUCAGAUGGAGUGUCUCCCUCGGCGUCUGUGGGUGAAGUCCCGCCCUGCAUCAACAGCACGGCUCAGCUGAACUGGCUGAACAGAGGCGACGUGAGGAAAGCUCUGCACAUUCCAGACACGCUCCCACCAUGGGACAUCUGCAGCGAUGUCGUCGGGGGUCAAUACCGCAACCUGUACCCAACCGUUAAGGACGUGUACCUGAAACUGGUCUCCCUGGGUCUGCGUGCGCUCGUCUACAACGGAGACACCGACAUGGCCUGCAACUUCAUGGGGAGCCAGUGGUUUGUGGAACACCUCGGCCUGGAGGCGACCGCUAAUUACCAGACGUGGCUUCACGACAACCAGAUCGCUGGUUUCUACGAGCAGUUUGGAAACAUCACUUUCCUGACCGUCAAGGGUGCAGGUCAUAUGGUUCCUCAGUGGGCUCCAGGUCCAGCCUUCCACAUGUUCCAGUCUUUCAUCACGAACAGCUCCUACUGAGCGGUGGAGGCUGCUGCAGGUAACAAACCUGCACUCGUCGCUCGAUGGUACAUUUUUCUCAGGGAAGAGGAUUUUUAAGGGAAACUGUUAUUCUCAUUUUUAUUGUGAAAUGUGUAUUUGAACGGAGAUGUAUUUGGUUGGAUUAUAUAUGAAUGUAAGCUAUUAAAGUGCCAACUUUGAGGAAUUGAAAUCCUUUUUAUUGUUAAUUUCUGAGGAUCUCAAACAAUUAGAUUACAUUUUUAUGUGGCACUGAUGUACGAAUGUAUCCAGGUGUUUUACAUUGCGAGGGAUAAAUGGUGAUUGUUCUAAACUUGAAUGAAAAACUGCCUCAAUCCAGACUAACUUUACUUUCAUUAAAUGUUUUGGACUGUCAGCAUCACAAUACUUGUAAUUUAUGCCCAUACCUUGAUUGUAGUUAGAUUAUUGAAAUCCAUUUAAGCCUUCGGGAAAUUCAUGUUUGUAGGGCAACUUUCUCUGUUACAACAGGGACACAUGAUUUUUAAUUAUCACAGUAAUUAAAUGUCAUUGAUGAAAAAACUCCACAA